UGAUUUUGCAUUUCCGGGAGGGCUGCUUUAUUUACUAACAGUCCUCCUCUCUGUCAGUUUGGGCAUACUGCUCUGGAUGGCUGUGCACAGCCAUCCAGAGCAGUGUGCUUACAGUGAAGCACACACCCCCUGCCCCCUAGUAAAACACUCCCAGCACACAGUUAUCCCUUUGAUCACCCCUCAUGUUAACCCCUUCCGUUCCAGUGCCAUUAGUACAUUGUAAGUGCUUUAUUUUUAGCACGGAUCACUGUAUUGGUGUCACUGGGGAUGUCAGUGACACCAAGUCAGUUCCGCCCAGUCUCAGAAUACCUGCCGCAGUCCCGCAAUAA